CGCUACGCCGAUUGAAAAAUAAGUGGGUACGCUGCCGUGUACCUGCGCGUCCCCUCCGCUACGCCACUGGCUGGCCAGAAGUUGACGUUCGCGGAGCUACUGCGCAUGCGGGUUUCGAGUCGGCCCCGGUCGGUCCGCCAUCUUUGUCGGCUACCCUAUUGUUCACCGUGGAGACAACGGCGGCGGCAAUUCGGCUCACACUGCGCAUUAAAAAUCACUUGACGGUGUCACAGGCAGCUGCCCGCGACAGUCGUGGAUUUGCUCUCAGGGUUGCGACUUGUUCUCGGCCAGCAAGUGUAACAGAAUGGACGAUGACACACCCAAAACCCUGUAUGUGGGGAAUCUGUCCCGGGACGUGACAGAGGCCCUCAUCUUGGAGUUGUUUGGCCAGAUUGGACCCUGCAAGAGCUGUAAAAUGAUAGUAGAUACGGCAGGUCAUGAUCCAUACUGCUUUGUGGAGUUCUAUGAGCAUAGGCAUGCAACUGCCACAAUUGCAGCCAUGAAUGGUCGGAAAAUACUGGGUAAGGAGGUCAAGGUCAACUGGGCCACAACACCAACCAGCCAAAAGAAAGACACAAGCAGUCACUUCCAUGUCUUUGUUGGAGAUCUAAGUCCUGAAAUUACCACAGAUGACAUAAGAGCAGCUUUCGCUCCUUUUGGGAAAAUAUCGGAUUGUCGAGUGGUGAAAGACAUGGCCACAGGUAAAUCUAAAGGCUAUGGCUUUGUGUCCUUCUUCAACAAAUGGGAUGCAGAGAAUGCCAUACAGCAGAUGGGUGGGCAGUGGUUGGGAGGUAGGCAGAUCAGGACUAACUGGGCCACAAGGAAGCCUGCUCCGAAAACUCCAAAUGAAACCACCAGCGCCAAGCAGCUGUCAUUUGAGGAGGUGGUGAGCCAGUCCAGCCCCAGCAACUGCACCGUCUACUGUGGAGGAGUCACAACAGGCCUCACAGAGCAAACUAUGAGACAGACCUUCUCGCCUUUCGGCCAAAUAAUGGAAAUCCGUGUUUUCCCAGACAAAGGCUACUCCUUUGUGAGGUUCAACUCCCACGAAGCAGCAGCUCACGCUAUUGUUUCUGUCAACGGCACAUCCAUAGAGGGCUAUGUGGUCAAGUGUUACUGGGGCAAGGAAACCACAGACAUGGUCAGCCCCAUUCAGCAGGUUCACAUGCCACAGCAGAGCGCAGUGAGCUUCGCAGCGCAGCCCUACAGUCAGUGGGGCCAGUGGUACAGCAACACACAGCAGAUUGGUCAGUAUGUGCCCAACGGAUGGCAGGUGCCAAGCUAUGGAGUCUAUGGACAGACCUGGGAUCAGCAGCAGGGCUACAAUCCUUUACAUGCCAGUGCUGGAUGGACCGGAGUGGGCGCCGUGAGCAACGGGGCGAUGGUGGAGCCCGGGCAGGGCGUCAACGGAACGAUGCUCACCAACCAGGCUGGCAUGAGCGCCGCCGGCUACCACACCCACUGAUCACCGAUCACAGCAGCCCUUUCUCUCCAAGCCUCUGAGGUCCCAAGGAUGAUACUCUGCUGGGGAAGAAAAUGCAUUAGAUGUGCUCUCUCUCCGUUACCACACAAAAUUAUUCUCCCAUAGACGGGCUGUUUAUCAUUUUACCAGCCCAUAACCUCGCCCACUGCCCCCAAUCUGCAAGUGUAAUGAAAAUCAUCCACUCCCGAACACUUGCACACUGUUUAAACUAAAGCUGAUGCACUUGUGCAUUUCCUGGGCCCAUUUUAUUAUUUGGUGCGUUUUUGUAAUACCUGCAUUCAACCGGCCAAAUGUAAAUGACACAACAUCAAGAUAUUUCUAUCACAAGCCAGAGUUUAGUUAUAAAAAAAAGAAAGUAAAACAGCAGGUUUAGUUUGUUUUCAGCCCCUCAGAGCGGAAGAGGAAGGGCUGAGUUUUAUACCAGUGUUUAACAAUCAUACAGGGAGGAGAGGCCAGAAACGUUGCCACAGAAAAUACUCACCAGUCCAUAGUAACGCAGCACAGCCACCAGACGAGUGUCGAGCAAGGGGUGGGUUUUUUUAUUUAAUUUUUUUCUCAAUCGGAACAUCUCCCUCCCGCUGUCGGGUCUGUCCACCUGUUACUAACGUGAAACGCAAACAAGUCCAAGCAAGUUCUCAGGGUGUUGUCGAGUCAUUCUGUGAAACGUAGGGAAUCACUGAGUAGAAAUCGGAAGGUUGAGGGGAAAGAAGUUUAAAAGUAAAAAAAUCCAGCGCUCCUUCACUUCAUCUCCCUGAACGGACUGAACAGACUGAGAGUCCAGUCUGAGGAUAAGAAGUGUGUGUGUGUGUGUGUGUGUUUAUGUGUGUGCAUGGACUGAUGCUUUUACACACGAGACAAUGUCCAGUUCAUCUUCACCUGAGACAGAAAGGACUACGCCACCCUUUUUUUUUCUUUUUUUUUUUUGCUACAGAUAUAUUAGAAAAGUGUCAAUUUUUUUCUUCCCCUUUUUGUUUUGAGCAACUUUUAAGAUGACGACCUUGUAUAAAGAGCUUUUUGCCUUUCGUUUGUUUCAUUUCAGGACUGUCUUAUGAAGAAAUGUUGCGGUGACACCAUGUGACAUGUGAAACCUUUUGUGUUUGUGUAUAAAAACACUAAGUGGCUGUCAACUGUCAAACUUUUUUUUUUAAAUUAGAUUUUCAAUAUCUCAAACAAACCAAUCGCAGGGACUACUGCCACUCUUACCUUACUUUAGGCAGAAAACUAUUGCACAAAUUCUUAACUUUUUCGCAAAAUUUGAAAUACUAGUUUUUUUUUUAUGUUUUUGCAUUCCACCUUCUUUUGUAAUUUCAUUUGGAAGUCUUGUUUUUAUGUAAAUAACCAAACAAGUCUGUUCAAUUGUACUGAAGCUGUAUAAAGACAACAUGCUAAUAAAAGGAAGCGCACUUGCUUCUGGUUGGGGAAAGUGGAUUUACAGAAAUGACUGUUUGACCGCAGCGCCGCCUGUCCAGCGCUGGUCCGUGUGCAACGCUCGACUCUUCCACACGCUCGCAGGACGAAAAGCCUUUAGUCUGACUAGUGAUUCUUCUUUUAAGUUAUUCUGUUUUUAAAAACCUAAACGACGAUUGUUUUAUUAUUUUGUAGAUUAGGAAUCAACCUCAUCAGGAUCGGGUGUUCGCAAUGAGGCCGCCAUGGUUUUUUAACUAGAGUUGGAAGAAUCCGUUGUGUUGCCUUAUUGUCAGCGAGUUACUUUUAAUUUAACCAAAAUAAUCAUCUGAGAGAAGGCGGUGCCUAAAGAAUGUUUUCCAGCCUUGUGUUUUUGGGCCAGGGGGGUUCUGUUGAUGCUUCAGUCACAUUUUUUUUUUUUUUUGCUUUGUCCAAUUAAAAUGCUGAUGCUUCAAACAGCUCACAGUCACACUGUUUGCAUCCGAUGUGUCAGCCCGGUGGAACGUGUCGUCACGUGAUGUGAUUGACUGUUUCUUAUAGCACAUGACCUGUGGAGGGAAGAGACUUCUCGACCGUAUGUCUUCAUAUUCCACGAUUUUCUCUAAAAAGAUGCUCAUCCUGUAAUUUAGUGUACGGCGCCAGAUUUGAAUUAUUUUAAACCCACUGAUUAUAAACGAUGAGUUGAUGAAACUAUUUAAUUGGAAGUUCAAAACAUGCACAAUUUCCGGGGGCUCAGGAGUGAUGUCUUUGGAUGUCUUGUUUUGUCAGAGCAAAACCCCCAAAGAUGAUGUCUUUAAAUCCCUUAAAAUUUGAAUCAUUGUUGACAAAUAAGGAAAACAGUUGCCAAUUUUCUUUCACCAUUAAGUGCAAGGUUGUAGAUACCGUCGAGGACACUGUGGUCUUGUCCUCGGGUAGUUUAACUGAAUGUUUUAGCUUUAUCAUUUAAAUUUGAAUGAAGGGAUCCAGUGUUUUCCCGCAACGGUUAGUGGGCUUUGAAACAGUAUCUUUGGCCUUUAUGUAAUUGGGAAAUAAAACUUGUAACGCUUUA